AUGAGGAGCUGCUGGAAAAUUCCAGUUUUCUUCUUGGUAUGCAGCUUCCUGGGACCUGGGGCCUCGGCAGCUUCCAAGCGCCGCCCAAGAUUCCCAAUCAACUCAAUCUCCAAUGGAGAGAAUGAACUCUGUCCCAAGAUUAGGGUUGGCCAAGAUGACUUGCCAGGAUUUGAUCUGAUUUCUCAGUUCCAGGUGGACAAAGCGGCUUCCAGAAGAGCUGUCCAGAGGGUGGUGGGGUCGACGGCCUUACAAGUGGCCUACAAGCUGGGAAAUAAUGUAGACUUUAGGGUCCCAACCAGGCAUUUAUAUCCCCAUGGGCUGCCUGAAGAAUACUCCUUUUUAACAACAUUCCGGAUGAAUGGGAGCACACUUGGAAAGAACUGGAAUAUCUGGCAGAUCCAGGACCCUGAGGGGAGGGAGCAAGUUGGAGUGAAGAUCAAUGGUCAGACAAAAUCUGUUGUGUUCUCAUACAAGGGACUGGACGGAAGCCUCCAGACAGCAGGCUUUUCAGGCUUGCCUUCCUUGUUUGAUGCCCAGUGGCACAAGGUCAUGAUUGGAGUGGAAAGGACCAGUGCCACUCUGUUUGUAGACUGUGUCAGGAUCGAAUCAUUACCCAUAAAACCAAGAGGCCAGGUGGAUGUGGAUGGCUUUGCUGUGCUGGGGAAACUCGCAGACCACCCCCAGGAAUCUGUUCCAUUCGAGCUACAGUGGAUGCUGAUACACUGCGACCCCCGGCGCCCCCAGAGGGAGACCUGCCACGAGCUGCCCCUGUCCCUCUGUCCGAGUCAGACUACGAACAAGAGAGGUCCUCCCGGAGAGCAAGGCCCCCCUGGGCCCCCGGGGCCACCUGGAGUGCCUGGCAUCGAUGGCGUGGAUGGUGACCGAGGCCCAAAGGGCCCACCCGGCCUUCCGGGUCCUGCUGGAGAACCUGGGAAGCCAGGAGCACCGGGCAAGCCUGGCACGCCAGGGGCAGAUGGACUAACAGGACCUGAUGGAUCUCCUGGCUCUGUUGGACCUAGAGGCCAAAAAGGAGAGCCUGGAAUUCCUGGAUCUCGAGGAUUUCCUGGCCGUGGCAUUCCUGGACCCCCUGGCCCUCCUGGGACAUCGGGCCUCCCCGGAGAACUCGGCCGUGCUGGACCCAGUGGUGACCCUGGGAAGAGAGGACCCCCGGGGCCCCCCGGCCCUCCAGGGCCCAGCGGAACAAUUGGAUUUCAUGAUGGAGAUCCACUGUGUCCCAAUUCCUGCCCACCAGCUCGCUCCGGAUAUCCAGGCCUACCAGGCAUGAGGGGUCAUAAAGGGGCCAAAGGGGAAAUUGGAGAACCAGGAAGACAAGGACACAAGGGUGAAGAAGGCGACCAGGGAGAACUGGGAGAAGUUGGCGCUCAAGGCCCUCCAGGAAUGCAAGGCUUGAGAGGCAUCACUGGCAUUGUUGGAGACAAAGGAGAAAAGGGUGCUCGGGGCUUGGAUGGGGAGCCUGGGCCACAGGGUAUCCCUGGGGCACCGGGAGACCAAGGGCAGCGAGGACCUCUGGGUGAAGCCGGGCCCAAGGGAGACAGGGGAGGACAAGGCCCUCGGGGACUGCACGGACUCCCAGGACCCAAAGGGGACGCGGGCUUGCCGGGUGUGGAUGGCCGAGAUGGGAUCCCUGGAAUGCCAGGAACAAAGGGCGAGCCGGGGAAGCCUGGGCCUCCGGGGGACGCGGGUCUCCAGGGACUACCGGGUGUACCUGGAAUUCCUGGUGCAAAGGGUGUUGCUGGUGAAAAGGGAAGCCCCGGAGCUCCAGGGAAGGCUGGCCUGUUGGGGAAUUCUGGAAAACCGGGCCAGCAGGGGCCUGCAGGAGAGGAGGGGCCCAGAGGACCCCGGGGGCUUCCUGGCAGCAGAGGAGAGACAGGACCGGCAGGGUCCCCAGGCCUGCCUGGCAAACUGGGCCCCCUGGGCCGCCCGGGCCUCCCCGGCUUGCCUGGGCCCCCAGGCCUCCCGGGAAUGAAAGGCGACCGGGGUGUGACUGGCGAGCCCGGCCCAAAGGGAGAACAGGGAGCCUCUGGUGAGGAGGGGGAAGCGGGACAAAGAGGCGACCUGGGAGAUAUGGGAUUGCCUGGCUCAAAGGGAUCUGCUGGGAGCCCUGGGGAGCCCGGCCUGCGGGGGCCAGAAGGAAGUCGGGGGCUUCCAGGAGUCGAAGGACCACGAGGACCGCCGGGGCCCCGGGGUGUGCAGGGGGAGCAGGGCGUCACUGGUCUACCUGGCAUCCAGGGCCCUCCGGGGAGAGCUCCAACAGACCAGCACAUCAAGCAGGUCUGCAUGAGAGUCAUGCAGGAACACUUUGCAGAGAUGGCUGCCAGUCUGAAGCGCCCUGAUGUGGGCAUCUCAGGACUCCCUGGGCGCCCAGGCCCCCCUGGACCUCCUGGCCCUCCUGGAGAGAAUGGCUUCCCCGGUCAGAUGGGGAUCAGGGGCCUCCCAGGGAUCAAAGGUCCCCCUGGGGCUCUUGGUCUGAGAGGACCUAAAGGUGACUUGGGAGAAAAAGGGGAACGUGGUCCUCCCGGGCGAGGUCCCAAAGGAUUGCCAGGAGCUACUGGCCUCCCAGGUGACCCAGGCCCUGCCAGCUAUGGGAGAAAUGGCCGGGACGGGGAGCCAGGGCCCCCUGGUGUGGCAGGGAUUCCAGGGGUGCCUGGGCCCCCAGGACCUCCUGGACCUGCAGGUUUUUGUGAGCCAGCCUCCUGCACCCUGCAGGCUGGCCAGCGAGCGUUUAGCAAAGGGCCUGAGUAG